GUGGUUCAAAUGAUAUAAUAAGUGAGUACUUAUUUAACAAUGCUCCAGACAUAGUUCAAAUGAUGUAAUAAGUGAGUACUUAUUUAACAAUGCUCCAGGAGUUGUUCAAAUGAUGUAAUAACUGUGUGUUUAGAGACUAAUAACUUUCAUUAAUGACUUAGUAUUUGGUAAUUGCUGGUGCAGAUCUUUACAUCUUGUUUUAAGUAUCGAUAAACUGACCAAGUUGAACUGUUUAAGUUGCUGCAUGUGUGAUUAAAGUAUCCUGUUGUUAGAUUGAUAGCAAUGUUAUGUUAAUUGCUGGAGUAUUUUUACUGUAGAAUUCAUAGUUGAAUUAUUUCUCUUAUAUAAAAACUAACUGUUAGCUGAUCUUUGGUGUAUCCACACUGUUACAUUGUUGAAAGUACUAAAGUGUAGUGUUAUUAUUAGUAUAGGAGAGAUGACCAUAUUAAAUUAUGUCUUUAAAUUAUACUUUAUACUUGGACAUGUCAUUAGUACACUGGUACACUUGCUUCAGAAACUCCAAUUUUAGGAUUAUCCAUCUGUAGAAACCUAUGACUUUUGAAUUGUUUCUCUUAUAUCAAAAUUAAUUGUUGGCUCAUCUUCGGUAUUACAUUAUUUAACAUGUUAUUAGUCUACGAGUGAUGACAAUGGUAAACGUAUUCGUUAUUUGUUACUAGCUUAUUCAUGGUGUAAGAAAUCUGAUUGUAAGAUUAUCUGGGACUGAUUAUCUCAAAUAAAAAGCUGUAAAUGUUAGAUACUUCUUGGUAAAAAUUGAUGCUUUAUGCUGCAGGAUUCCCCCUUCUUUAGGGUCUUGUAUUACGUCGAUGAACAAGUUAGGUUGCUGUAGGACCUUGUAUUAUGUCAAUGAACAAGUUAGGUUGCUGUAGGACCUUGUAUUAUGUCAAUGAACAAGUUAGGUUGCUGUAGGGCCUUGUAUUAUGUCGAUGAACAAUUAGGUUGCUGUAGGGCCUUGUAUUAUGUCGAUGAACAAGUUAGGUUGCUGUAGGGCCUUGUAUUACGUCGAUGAACAAAUUAGGUUGCUGUAGGGCCUUGUAUUAUGUCGAUGAACAAGUUAUGUUGCUGUAGGGCCUUGUAUUACAUUGAUGAACAAGUUAUGUUGCUGUAGGGCCUUGUAUUAUGUCGAUGAACAAGUAAGGUUGCUGUAGGGCCUUGUAUUAUGUCGAUGAACAAGUUAGGUUGCUGUAGGGCCUUGUAUUACGUCGAUGAACAAGUUAUGUUGCUGUAGGGCCUUGUAUUACGUCGAUGAACAAGUAAGGUUGCUGUAGGGCCUUGUAUUAUGUCGAUAAACAAGUUAGGUUGCUGUAGGGCCUUGUAUUACGUCGAUGAACAAGUUAUGUUGCUUUAGGGCCUUAUAUUACGUCAGUGAACAAGUUAUGUUGCUGUAGGGCCUUGUAUUACGUCAGUGAACAAGUUAGGUUGUUGUAGGGCCUUGUAUUACAUCAGUGAACAAGUUAGGUUGUUGUAGGGCCUUGUAUUACGUCGAUGAACAAGUUAGGUUGUUGUAGGGCCUUGUAUUACGUCGAUGAACAAGUUAUGUUGCUGUAGGGCCUUGUAUUAUGUCAAUGAAUAAGUUAGGUUGCUGUAGGACCUUGUAUUACGUCGAUGAACAAGUUAUGUUGCUGUAGGGCCUUGUAUUAUGUCAAUGAAUAAGUUAGGUUGCUGUAGAACCUUGUAUUAGGUUAGAUACUUAUGCACAUUAGUAUUAUUUUAUAUAGCUGUGACUUGCUCAUCACCAAAAUAUCUGUAUAUAAUAAAGGUGACUAACUAUUUAGGCAAAAUAGUUUAUUUAUAUAUGGAUCAUAAAAAAAUGACUUAAAUUUUAUUUUGCUUUAUAAUAAUGAUGUAAUUCCAAAUGGUGAAGUAUAUAAUAGAAUAACAAGCUGGUUACCUGAUUUAUGAUGUUUACGGAAUUCUAAACAAAAAUACAGUGGGGAAAAAAAAGGCUACAUGAAAGCUGGAAAUGCUACAAAGGUAGGUACAUAAGUAUUAAGGAUGUCAGUGCAUGAUCUUGAAUUAAGAAACAAAGAAAUGGAUGUAUGGUACAUUUAACAAAAGAAUAAGAUGUAAAACAAAUACAUUGUACAUUAAUAAGUUCAUGAGAUAUAAAAUGAAAACAGACAUACCUUAAACAGAUGCACAGUGUAUAACAAUGUGUCUGUGGUACAUAAGGCAAAGAACUGGAUGUGUGGUACAUAAGGCAGAAGUGUUCAUAAAGUAAAGAACUGGAUGUGUGGUACAUAAGGCAGAAGUGUUUGUAGAGUAAAGAAAUGGUUGUGUGGUAGACAAAACAGAAGUGUUUGUAGAGUAAAGCAAUGGUUGUGUAUUAGAUAAAACAGAAGUGUUUGUAGAGUAAAGCAAUGGUUGUGUGGUAGACAACAGAAGUGUUUGUAGAGUAAAGCAAUGGUUGUGUGGUAGACAAAACAGAAGUGUUUGCAGAGUAAAGCAAUGGUUGUGUGGUAGACAAAACAGAAGUGUUUGCAGAGUAAAGCAAUGGUUGUGUGGUAGACAAAACAGAAGUGUUUGCAGAGUAAAGCAAUGGUUGUGUGGUAGACAAAACAGAAGUGUUUGUAGAGUAUAGAAAUGGUUGUGUGGUAGACAAAACAGAAGUGUUUGUAGAGUAAAGCAAUGGUUGUGUGGUAGAUAAAACAGAAGUGUUUGUAGUGUAAAGAAAUGGAUUUCUUGUAGCCAAGAGAAAGGUAACAUAAAGUAAAUAACUGAAAGAAUGGUACGAUGAAUGAAGUGUAACAAACAAAUUUAUGAAGAUGAAAUAUAAAACAAGAAAGUUUAAAAUAGUAAGUGUAACGUAAAGGAAGGGUUAUAUGCUGCAAUAGACUGGAGCUUCAAGUUAGAAUAUUGAGGCUUAACACACUUCAGGUGACAUAAGAUUAUAAUCUACAAAUUGUAAGGUUUCAUGCAUGUUUUUCUGUGUUAGUCGGUUUAAUAUUUUCCGUCAUUUAUUUUCAUUCAUUGUUUUAUUUUUGAUACAUUUGUCUUGUUUUUGGAGGUAUUUUAUCUCGGUGUGUAAUAUAUUUAUUGAAGAUAAAAUUAUUUUUAACCUCUGUAUUUCAUCGUUUUUCUAAUACUCAGUUUUAUAGGCUGAUGUCUGGCAGCGUUUUAUUAUGUGCUGUAUAUUUUUGUGUUUAUUCAACAUAAAAUUGUAUUUGAGGAAAGUAAAAUAAUCGAUUUGAACACUUUGUUCUUCUGAAAGUAUAUGUCAAUAGUAUUCAUCAUAUAUUCACAAAAGAUAUCUUUUUUUUUUUUUCUCUCCCGGAUUUGUACUUUGUGUGUGGACAAAACAGUUUAACAUCUUAAUGCUAAUGGAAAAUAUUUAUUGUAAAUCAAUGAAAUGGUCGUUCUUCUGAAAAAAUCUAAAUCUAUAAAUAGCAUUUGAAAGGCACUGUUUCAACUUUUAUAAAUCAGAGUUUACUGGUAGAGGAUCAGGAAGAACUGGUUUGUGUUGAAAUUUUCAGUUGUUAUUUGUAUCCGAGUUAUUGCUGAUGUUAUCAAUACGUUUUAUAUAACAUAGAUUUAUUUUACGGAUAUGCAACAAUGUUACAGUAACGAACCAAGUGAUAGGCCUAAUACUGAUGUCUUUUGACAAGUUAACUCGUCUGCGUAAGUGUAAUAAUACUUUGACAUCAAUAAAGCGUUUGAUCCUCGUAAUUUCGUGUUUGUGUUGGUUAAAUAAUAUUUUGGUAUUUAACAGUGUUUUAGCCGUAAGUAAUAUUCAACUCAGUUUAAAAUGUGCGCGUUGUUCACGAUCACGAAGAACAGCACGACUAGUUUUAAACAUAAUUGUUCAAUAUAACAUUAAACAGUAGUAUAGCAACUUAUAAGUUAACUUGCACAAUGGAUUUCGUUUUUGUGAAAUUGUGUUCCAUCAUAAUAUUUAUCAAUUACGUUGAAUCUACGAUUGACAUUAACAGUAAGCAGUUAGAAAUGGUUGCUGAUCAUUUAACUUUGGCUGAAUGUCGAAAGCUGUCCGAAACCUUGCAUAGUGAUGACUACGAAAUAGGCCAUCCAACAGGUGAAGAUGAACCACAAAACCUUUCCUGUCUUCGAUUGUUGGAACACUGGAACACUCACGAAGGCCAAAAGAAGACUUUCCACCAACUUGCACAGCGUUUACAACAAAUUGGCCGCAGAGAUAUAGCAAAUAAAUUGUCAAAGACAGUUUAUGGUGAGAAGAUUUUAGAUGUCAAAGAGAGCUUUCUUGAUGAUCCUUUUAAAGAUCACAUCAAAAACCGCCCCCCUAUUAAAGAUGACAGCAUUGUUGUUUCUGAAGGGGCUGACAUUGAUCUGGAUAAUACAAUGAGUGGGUGGUCUUGGACUGAUAUAAUGUACCUACUAUGUUUCAUAGUUGUUGGUUGUAUGCUUAUCUUGUUGGGGUGCUGGAAGUGUUUGGGGAUAUUAUUCUUUAACAGGAUGAGGGAUGAUUACAGUGGGUAUUUAAUUGGUGAUUCAUCUCUUACAAGGAAAAGAAACUUAAUGCUUUAAGAACAUUGAAAUUUGGAUUUUGUUAAAGUGUUUCUUUGUAUGUUUUUUUUAUACAAAAUUUUUUUCGUCUAUUUUUGUACCACUAGAUUAUAUUACUUAUGAUAAAAAUAGACAAAGUAUAUUUAUUUCAAAGAAAGGAUGAUUUUUUUAGCCUGAAGUAAAAAAUAACAGAUCCAAGAUUACCAGAAAAAUGACAAAAAAAAGAUAUAAAAUUAACUUACUUAAGUAAACAGAGUUCAGUCUUUGAUAAAAAAGAUUGAAUUUUGUUUUUUAACAUCUAAUAAGAAUAUUUUGAUGAAACUGGUUUCCUGGUACAACUCUUCAGU